AGGAAACAUCUAGCUGUAUAAAUGGAUUGCUUGUAAAGCAUUGAAGUUGUGUAAUUUGCUCUGGAUACAAGUGUCUAUUAGACAUCUAAUUAUAAAUUCACAUUUACUGUAUCUCAUCCAGUCAUUCAUGUACCAAUCCCUUAAACAGUCAAUGAUGAAAAUACCCAGCUAACAUUUCUUGGUUCUCAAAACAUUCCCUGAAUGUUAUGCUAAAUGUUCUCAGUGUCUAAAUUUGUCCAGUUUUCUGGAAGUUCCUUAAAUAUUAUCUUUGUCAAAAGGAACAUUUCAUAUUUUUUAAAGAAAUGUUCACAAUGUCAAACAUUUCAGUCUUCAUAAUGUCAAUCUACAUAAUGUAUUUAAUAUGUCUAAUGUUUUUUUUCCAUGCCUAAAUGAUUUUUCCAAUGAGUUGCAUGCAGUAUGCUUAGAUGAUUUUUUUCUUUAAGAUUGGCAGCACUUGUUUGGAACAAUAAAAUUUAGGGAACAUUAAUCAUACCACUCAGUCAAAUGGGAAUCUAAGUACAAUCUUACAGGCUUGCAUGUUGGACAUGUUUUGCGUUAGCUGGGAUGCCAUUUUCAUAUGAUUCUCUUUAGUUCAGGAUUUUAACAAGAACACAUGAAGAAAAAAAUGUAUCACAAACGCAACACAUUUUCAUCUGGUCUCAGGGCUGCAUAUUUAUAAACACACACACUUCCUGUCAGGUCUGAGUACCGCGGUGCUGCUGAGGCGAUGUUAUAGCCACCUGUUUCCCAGCUGUUUCCUGUUCUUUUGAAGGACACUCCCAAAUGAUUAUACUGGAAGACUCUUUUGAACAUGUUCCACCUGCUCCACCUCCUUUAUUAACCGGCAGAUAUUUUCCCUAUUAUCUAGUGGACAUGGAAAAUUAUUACUUUCAAACAAUUUGGCGUCACACAACCACAACAGCAACCACAACAACAACAAAUGCUUUUGAUUCAGAGCAAGUGAAAUGUGUUGAGCCUAUGUUAGGAAAUGAUAUCUUGUAGGAAAAGACACACUCUUACUAAAACAGCAGAUAAUUAGCACUUUUGUCCUGAAUCAUUCAAGCAGAAAACUGUAAAAUACGUUCAUCCAGGAUUUAAUAAACUAAAAUACACUCAGACAUUAAUAGUUAAAAUGCAAAUGGAAUUAUAAUGAACUAAAAAGCAGAAAUUCAUUAUUUAAUGUACUGAAAAUAACAGUCAUGAAACAUUGUAAAUUGAUAAUUUCACAAUGGUAGAGAUGGUCGUUUUUAAAUAUAUUAUUCUUUCUCAUCACUGGGAGCACAUAGUAUGAUAUUUUACCCACAGUUCCCUGGCAGAAGGAAGGUGGCCUGAUGUCAUGUGAGGUCCUGACUAUAGUGCAGAACUUUUGGCCAGAUUAAAGCUGUGGUAAUGAUUUAUGUUGGCCAACACUGGCUUCAAACCUCACCCUCUGUGCAAAGCAAUAAAAAUAUUGUUAUAGUGUAGCAUACCCCACAAUGCCCAGCCCCAUGAAAAACAUGUUUGAAAACCUCAUUUGUAAUAUUUUUUGCUAAAUUCAACCACACUCUAAAAAUGGCUACUUUAACUAUUGGCAUCAAUACAAGAAAAACUGAAACAAAAGUAUGGCACAGUAUUUCACAAUAUUAUAUCCAUUGUAAAUUCUUGCACUUCAAGCCAUAUGCAAGUUUUUUGUUCAUGGCUUUACUUGUGCAAGACACAACAUCAGCAACAAUAAUACACGUAUCUAAUGUUACAAAUAUGAUUUUUAAGGACCUUUAUGAUGAUAGACACAAAUGCAGAGCAUCAACAUGUGCAGGUACUCUUUUGUGUGUGCGUGUGUGUUGGUGUGUGUGUGCGCACAAUGCUUCCAACAAGCCCCAUAGUAUUUAUGGAGGAAACCAUUUUAUAAGUCAAAGAAUUAUUACAGGGAAUUCAUAGUGCAUGAUGCCAUGGAUCAGAAUCAAUUCUGUACAUGUUUGUGCAUGCUGGUUACGCUGUUCCUCUGGAACACUGAUUUACAUCAUGAUUGCAUAGGCUGCAUGGUAUGAGGGGAACGGCUGGGCACCUGAAAUGUGGUUUUCUUCAUGCGUAUGCAUGUUCUCUGAUAUUUACGCUGCUUGGGGUCGGGUUGAGCUGGAGUCGGAGUUGAACUUGGGUGUCAUGCUGUCGAGUGCUGGCGUAUUUUUGUGGAUACGGUGAAAGGUCAGUGCACAAACCAUAAUGUGACAGAGUGGGGUGAGGCAAUGUUCAAUAUUGCACAAUCUGUGGGGUGUCUGGCAGCACUAGCUGACAGAUUGUUACACGGUUGGCAUUUGUGCCAGUAUGUGCAUAUUGGGGUUAUUGCAUGCUAUUAGUUUCCAUGUUUGCUGUUUGUGCCUGUGAAUGUGUAUGUUCACUUUCAGCACAUACGCAUGGGUGAAAAUAAAUAUUGGGUGCGCAUGAUAGAGUGUGUACGUGUGUGUUCAUAUAGGUAUGCACACCUUGAGUAAAAGCUAGUGCAUGCAGGCAGGAGGUUCAUUUGGAGGGGUCUGCAUGUGUAUGUGUGUGUUCGAGUAUGUGUGUUACAGUAUGUGCUAAUAAUAUCGCUCUCUCUCUCUCUCUCUCUGCGCUGUGUACCGUCAGUAUCCAGCAGCGUGUGUAUGUGUACACGUGUGUGCUUGUGUAUGUAAUUACAGUCAGCUGCAGACGCUGUUGAUAUGAUAGAUUCUGACAGAUCUCUCUGAAGGCAGUGCUCCUUGCUCUGUUCUAACAUGUCCCAGAGUUAUCUAGAUAACACGCAGAGAAAACCUCUGGAGUACUUCAGCUGUCUGUCUCCACAAAUCAGCUCUGCUGGCAAAAAGCGCCUCGCAAAAGAAGCCAGGAAAGGAGAGAGAAGAGGGAACUAGUUAAAAACAAAUGAUAAUUUCCAUCAAAAUAAGGCAAAUACAAUAAACACUACUGUGAGAGCGUGAGGGAUCCGAUGGGGCUUCAGCGUGAGGCCAGCUAGUGCAACGGCUCCAUCUGCAGCAGCAAAACCCCCAGAGACCAGACCGGACCGCUGCCAUCAUGUUGCCCCCGGUGACCAGAGGGCGUGGCUGCACCUUCCUCGCCCUCUCCCUCCUGGGACUGCUGGGGUCGAACCUGGAGGUCACCCGCGGGCAGGUCCCGGAGGACGAGGAUUACUACAUGCAGGAGCUCAUCACCCGGGAGCAUUAUCACGGCGUUCCGGGGUCUGAGGACCCCCAGCCCUCCCCCGAAUCCACCGAGCCCACAUCUGACAGGAGGGAAUCCCCGAGGGUGAAAGAAAAAGAGAAGCACGCAGAAAAAGUAGAUUCCAAACCAGCCAAAAAUGGAAACGGAAAGAAAGAGGAGAAGAGCAAAAAGGCUGGUUUGAAGACUCCAAACAGUAGCAGUGAUGCUGAAGGCCACUACGUUCCUGAGAGAGAGGAAUGCCCUCCUUUGGGACUGGAAAAUCUGAAAAUUGAUGACUUUCAGCUGCAUGCCUCCACAAUUAAGCGCUACGGCCUGGGCGCUCACCGAGGACGGCUCAACAUCCAGGCCGGAGUGAAUGAGGAUGAUUUCUACGACGGAGGGUGGUGUGCUGGAAGAAACGACCCCCUGCAGUGGUUCGAGGUGGACGCCAGGAGGUUAACCAAGUUCACCGGCAUCAUAACACAAGGCCGGAACUCUCUCUGGUCGAGCAACUGGGUGACGUCGUAUAAAGUGCUGGUGAGCAAUGACAGCCACACGUGGGUGACCAUUAAGAAUGGAACACAGGACAUUGUCUUCGUGGCGAACAGUGAGAAAGAAAUCCCGGUCAGGAACCUGCUCCCGGUGCCGGUGGUCGCCCGCUACAUCCGCGUAAACCCGCGCACUUGGUUCAUCGGAGGGAGCGUCUGCAUGCGGGUGGAGGUCCUGGGGUGCCCCAUGCCAGACCCCAAUAAUUAUUACCACAGAAGGAAUGAGAUCACAACAACAGACAAUUUGGACUUCAAACACCACAGUUACAAAGAGAUGAGACAGCUGAUGAAGGUGGUCAAUGAAAUGUGCCCCAAUGUAACACGGAUUUACAACAUCGGCAAGAGCCACAGUGGACUGAAGCUCUAUGCCAUCGAGAUCUCCGACAACCCUGGGGAACACGAACUGGGUGAGCCAGAGUUCCGCUACACUGCUGGUUCCCAUGGCAACGAGGCACUGGGACGAGAGCUGCUUCUGCUGCUGAUGCAGUUUAUGUGUCAGGAGUACCUUUCCGGUAACCCACGGAUACGGCACCUGGUGGAGGAGACCCGCAUCCACCUUCUUCCUUCCAUUAACCCCGAUGGGUAUGAGAAGGCCCAUGAAUUGGGCUCAGAGCUGGGAGGCUGGUCCGUGGGCAGGUGGAGCCUGGAUGGCCUGGACAUCCAUCACAACUUCCCCGACCUCAACUCCAUCCUGUGGGAAGCAGAGGCCAGGAAGUGGGUCCCCCGGAAGGUGCUCAACCAUCACGUGCCCAUCCCAGACUGGUACCAGACAAAAAAUGCCACGGUUUCCAUGGAGACACGGGCUCUGAUAGCGUGGAUGGAGAAGAUUCCCUUCGUCCUGGGGGGUAACCUGCAGGGGGGGGAGUUGGUGGUGACCUUCCCCUAUGACAUGGCGCGUGUGAAGUGGAAGAUGCAGGAGCAGAGCCCCACCCCCGACGACCACGUCUUCCGCUGGCUGGCCUUCUCCUACGCCUCCACCCACCGUCUGAUGACGGACGCCAGCCGCCGCGUCUGCCACACCGAGGACUUCGCCAAGGAGGACGGCACCGUCAACGGAGCUACCUGGCAUACGGCCCCCGGAAGUAUGAAUGACUUCAGCUACCUGCACACCAACUGCUUCGAGCUCUCGAUGUAUGUGGGCUGUGACAAGUUCCCCCAUGAGAACGAGCUUCCAGAGGAGUGGGAGAACAACCGCGAGUCCCUGCUGGUCUUCAUGGAGCAGGUGCAUCGUGGGAUCAAAGGGGUAGUGAGGGACCUGCAAGGCCGGGGCAUCGCCAAUGCCACCAUCGCUGUGGAGGGCAUCAACCACGAUGUCCGCACAGCGGCGGACGGAGACUACUGGAGGCUGCUGAACCCAGGGGAGUACAAGGUCACGGUGAAGGCCGAGGGCUACAACCCCGCCAGCAAGGUGUGUGAGGUGGGCUACGACAUGGGGGCCAGCCGCUGCAACUUCCUCGUCAGCCGCACCAACCUGUCGCGCAUCAAGGAGAUCAUGGCCAGGUUCGGCAAGCAGCCCAUCAACGCGCAGAACCGCCAGCUACGGCAGCGCUUCAGGCCCGCCGUGCGGCGGCGGGGAACCUAGUCACGCAGCCAACGGAGGGAGGGCAGGGGGGUGGGCUUUCUGUAAAAAGCCUCUUUUUUCUUCACAGUUUUAAUAUAUUUUUAAAAGAAAAAUCUUGGCUGCAUUCUUCGUAUGGCAAAAACGGGAGAUUUACUGUAUGAACACAGCUGCAUUUCCUUCUGUUUUGAUGGACCUUUGUUCUAACAACCUUAGCAUAAGCUAUCUGUGGCUAUCAGGAUGUGUAACAGGUUUUCGCAUUAGAGGUUAUUGUUAUAGUCUGUAACCAAAGCAAUCAUGCAAUGAUUUUGAUGACUACCCGUGACAUCAGCUACACAUUCCAUGUAAAGUGUUUGUGUGUGUGUGUGUGUGUGUGUGUAGGUGUGUGUGUGUGUCUGUGUGUAUUAUAGCAGGGAAAAGACAAUUCAUUGAUUUUGGACACAAUGUAAAAAAAUUGACUGGAUAUAAUUCUUUUUGACCCAUGUUAAUUACCUAUAUCUUCCUUUAAUAAAGUCUCAUUAAACAUUCAA